AUGGCCGCUUUUGUGAACUCGACCGUUAUCAACACGGCCUUCAACCAUACUCAGCCUUACUUCAGUGUCUUUGAGGAGGUCUCCAAGUACAAUGUUCAGCUCAACUACUUUGAGCGCCUCUGGGCCGCUUGGUAUCUCUGGAUGCAGAACGACACCCUCGCUACCGGUAUCAUGAGCUUCGUCAUGCACGAGGCCGUCUACUUCGGUCGCAGUCUGCCUUUCAUCAUCUUCGACCUCAUCCCCUGGUUCCACAAGUACAAGAUUCAGCCUGUAAGCCUCCCGCUUCAUCACCAAAAAAUGCCGACACUCAAGGAGCAAUGGGACUGCGCCGUCGUCGUCCUCAUCAGCCACUUCACCGUCGAACUCCCCCAGAUCUGGCUAUUCCACCCCUUGGCCACUUGGUGCGGCAUGCAGUACGGCGUCCCUUUCCCUCCUCUCUGGAAGAUGGCCAUGCAAAUUUCUAUCUUCUUCGUCAUGGAGGAUGCCUGGCACUACUGGUUCCACCGCGCUCUGCACUACGGCCCUCUCUACAAGGCCAUUCACAAGCUUCACCACUACUACUCUGCCCCCUUCGGCCUCGCCGCUGAGUACGCCUCGCCCAUUGAGGUUAUGCUGCUGGGUAUCGGCAUUGUCGGCUCUCCCAUCUUCUGGGUUUCCAUUACUGGCGAUCUUCAUCUUCUGACUAUGUACGCCUGGAUCGUCCUGCGUCUCUUCCAGGCCAUCGAUGCCCACAGCGGCUACGACUUCCCCUGGAGCUUGCGCCACUUCCUGCCGUUCUGGGCUGGCGCCGACCACCACGAUCUCCACCACGAGAAGUUCAUUGGCAACUACGCCUCCAGCUUCCGCUGGUGGGACUACUGCCUUGACACCGAGGCCGGCGUUGAGGCUCACAAGAAGCGCCGUGAGCGUAAGCUUAAGGCAUUGAAGGCCCAGAAGGCUCAGUAA